AUGGCAGCCAUGACCAAGGCAUCUUUUGGUGUGCUUUUUGCAGGUAAAGAACCUUCUGCCUGUUCAUUGGUAUCUGUUUUGUCCGCCAUGAUGUUUUCAUUAAUACUACUACAUGACAGUUACACCGCAAUCAAAAAUAUUUAUGAGGGAUACCGCUGUUCAACUCCAAUCGAGACAAAAUGGCGGCUGCAUUUCCUUCUGAAAGAAGCACGAAAGAUGUUAUAAAUUCGAUAUUAGAUGAUUAUGAAAAAUUAACCAAGUACGUUGCUUGUUAUACCAUUUUCUUAAAUCAGUUAUUCUGCGUCAUUUCUAAUGCGAUGAGUUCUGUUCUUUAAAAUAUCAGGGUUGUUUAUAAUCGCGACAGAUGUUGAUUAAUGCUUAGUUUCAUCCGCUUUUGUAUGUAGAGAAUUAUUCGAAAGUUUGUCUGCAACUUCAUUGUAUCGAACAACAAAGCAAGAUGCUAAUUCAGGAGAAACAGCAAAGGUAAGCUAUUUUAUUAAGGUUAAACUUUGUCAGACGCAAUCACGAAGGACAAGGGAAGGUCAUCAGUGAAUUUAAAUUUUUGUUACUUUGCCUUUUCGGCGUAGGCCGUCGAUCAACUUAUUUCCAAGGAGAAAGAACUGCAAGCAGCUAUCGAGAAAGUUCAGGAGCAGCAAGCACGACAACAGGAAAUCCAAACUGUGAGGGAAGAAAUAUCAAAGAAAGAUCGGGAAAUACUUAACCUUGAAUCCCAGCUAAAGGAAGCUGAAAAAAUAUUGGUAGGUAAAGACACAGGUGUAAAGAAAUAGUGUUGUAUAAUAGAACAUGAUACUGAGAAUGACAAUGAUCUGUCUUGUGUUUCAACUAAGUCCUUGAGAGCUUGCCUGUAGUUUUUUUGCAUCCAUGUUUACCUGCAGUCAGCAUUUGUUAUAAUUUUGUCAAAAAGGGUAGUAGCCCAUCUCCCCCUGGUCACUACUCUUUACUCACCACUGACCCAAAUGGCACACUCUUUGAAAAUAUAAAAAAAUAGGAACACUUACAUCAUUUGGUUAUAUUUAGUCCCAGGCAUUAUUUCAAGCAAAGAAAAAGUUGUCUGCCAUUAAUCAGGCCAGUAAAGGUAAAUGGAAAGGAUUAUUUCAACUGUAGAGAUCUUUCUGGUUUUUUUUGUAAUUAUUUAUUUAUUAUUCUGUGUUAGGCAGGGUUCAAGGGAUUGGUUACGUAAGAGAGAGAAUAGAAAUGAGUAUGGAAAUUGACAGGAAAAUCUGAACAAAAGUGAAUUGCCCCCCUUGGCUCAUGAGAUAGCAAACUAGUGUCAGAGUCAGAGCCCUCUUUGUCAUAUGUCCAUGUCAUUGCUAAAGCUUUCAACUGUUUCUUCAAAUUUGAAUUUGUAGUAACAGAUAGAAAAAUAGUAACAGAAGAAUGAAAUUAUCAAUUUCUAUACCAUGAAAAGUUUUUUAACCCUUUAACUUCCAGAAGUGAUUAACAUGAAACUUCUCCCUAUCAUAUUCAUAAAUAAUCUGGCAAACAAGUAAUGAGAGUACUCAAACAUAUCAGGUAGAAGUCUUUAUCCUGAUCAAACACUUAAUUCUCAUAACUUAUUUACAAGGAAAUGUGUAGCAGCUAGAGGUGAGAAUUAACAAUCAGAUCUUGGGAGUUAAAGGGUUAAAAAUAUAAUUGCCCCUUUUAUCUUCUCCUCCCCCUCUCAAAAAUAGACAAAUAUUAACACACGAAAAUUUCUGAAAAAGAAGCCUCUUCUUUUGCAUGACUGAUAUGAUCUUUCAUUUUGAUAAGGAAUGGUUUCAUCUGAAGACCUUAUCAAGUAUGCUCAUCGAAUCAGCAGCAGCAAUGCUGUGGAGGCCCCAGUAUCAUGGAUGCCAGGUUUGUUUAGUCAUGCUUCUCAAUAGAUGAAUUUCCUUUUGUUCUAUUUCUUGUAAGACUAUUGGGAAGAAUUUAGUUCUUUCAUUGUUUACAUUAAAUCUGUCAUCUGAAUGCUAAAGCUCUAAAGUUUUUUCCUGUUAACUUAUCAAUGUCCUUUUCUUUCUUGCUCUCGGUGUUUGGGAAACUUAGUUGGUAAUCUGAAGGUCAUGCAAUGCUUAUCUUGCAGAUGUGAUAUUUAGUUAUCUAGUCCUUCCAUGAUUUGGUAUGAAAUUAAUAACUGCAUGAUAAAUUUAUUGAUGUAACAUCCAGAGCUUAUCUAAGAAUGCAAAACAAUGACCUUUCCAAGGCUAAGCCUCAAGACUUUUUAUUUAAUGUUCAGCUUAAAAGACCACCUCAGAUGGCUAAUUAUAUUUACCCAUCCUGAUGUAUCACACAGGUGACCCACGGAGACCAUAUCCUCAAGAUAUUGAGAUGCGAUCUGGCUUGCUAGGGAGACUCAUGGAAGGUGUGCCUGGUGAAACUGAAGGACCUGGGGCUGAUCGUUCAGCUCCUCAGGAAGUGGUCCAGUCGUCCGCCUCUGCAUCACAGAUGCUGCAGCCUACUGGUGGACUGGGUAAGAUUGAAUAAAAAUUGCACUCAAGGGAAUUCAUUUUCUAUUUUUGUAAUUCUAUCAGUACAUUUGUUGGUUUCAUUAAAUAGUUAUAAAUAACUGAGAUUGACUUUUCCAUUCUUUCUAUAAGGCCUCACAAAUGGUCAAGCAGCAGCAUUUUCCUGGCAAAGCCAGCUUCCAGGAGUGCAGUCUGGACCUUUACAGGUGAAAAAUGAUUGUCUUGAUAUAAUUUUUAGUUAUCCAAGUUUAAAUGUGGGAAUUACAACCAUAAUAAUGUUGUGGAUAUUUGAUCUUAAUAAAGCUUGUAAAUAUUAUUUUUCUCUUGAGUGAGUAGACUUAGGAAGCAUAACAGUCUCCUCUUUGGUGCUGUAAAUACAUAAACAAACUGAGUAAAAAUGAACACUUAUCACUACCAAUCCAGACUGCUGGGAGGCCAACAAGUUGGUCAUUUACAAAGUGUGGCAGAGAUGUUGAAGCCAAGACAUCCUAGAAAUGAGUCCAACUGAGUGGUAGAGUGAAGAAUGUGAACCUUAGAUCAGCAGUUCUUAAACAUAGGAUCCUAAAUCACUUUUUUCGUGCUUCCUGUAUCUGAAAAUUGCAGUGACAAUACUCAGUCAUCUCAUUCUACUAAACCUUUGAUAAGCCAAGGGCUUGUUGGGAGUGAGGGGAAGGGGGGAGCAGUUUGACCAAAAUAAAUGUUUUUACUCAUUAACUUAUUUUUAUUUGCCUGAAAAUGUUUUUUUUCACAGCAAGAUGCAUCUUCCAGUUUGGAUAUCCUAACAAACAAUCUGACAAAGGAAGUGACCAAUGGUAGACAAGAACAAGGUGUGGAUGAAGUAGAGUUCAUGUCAUCAUCAUCAUCAUCAUCUUCCAGCGACAGCCCAUAACAGCUGACUCUGUAAAUUAUAGCUUAAAAUAAAUGUAUUAAGGACAUUUUCAAAGUUGUGGCUAUUUAAUGAAGAGCUGAUAAUGAUUUAUUGCCUUGCUGAGCUGCUUAGAUCUAAACUUAAAUUUUUCUUUAUCUUUACAGUAUGACUGUGUCUUGUUUGAUUUAUUUUAUCAUGUUCAGGACUGAUUAAAACAAGAGUCAGUUAUUGCUCUGUUAGUUCGGUGGAAUUGGAACUGAAGUAUUGAUGUUUUUUUGAAUAAUUGUAUAUAGCUCAUUUAGCUCUGAACUUCGACUUCAUGUGCAAUGCGUUUUCAGUUACCAACUGAGUUAGAACGUACGCAAAUGAAAAAAUUUAAUUGAGUACGUUUGUAUGCCAUGAAGUGGUCACAUGGCUAAGGAAGGUAAAAUUACUGGUUUUUAAAGAUCCGCCGUAAGAUUUGCCGUGAUUUGUUUUUAUUUUAAGGCCGCGGAAAUCUUUAACAGUACGUGUAGAUGUCGAUGGUAAUAAUUUUCAUUUUCAGCUUUUAAAAUCAGAAAACUAAUAAAAUCAUGAACCUAUUGUAUUGCCAAACUCAUUAAAGAGUUCGUUGUGGCUCAGUUGAUGUAGCAGCCGACUGUGAAAUCGGACUUGUACAGGGACUCUGACUCAUUAUUUCAUCCUCACAGGAAAUAUAGAUGUGUAGGAAUUUCUUUAAAACAAAAUCCACGUGCAUAAAAAAAAGCAGUACAAAGCGACUUACAUUUAAAGUUUUGUUAGUUUUCAAACAAUGGCUCUAAGUCAACAAAGCUUUUAAAUUUUCCACGUGUUUACGAUUGGCACGGAAAUUGUAAUUAAUUUUUCAUGAAUCGUUGAAAACCGGGAAUCUUUUAUGCAUAGAAUUUCAUAUAAGUGCAGAGGAACCUUUCUACAUUAUCCGUCUGCAGAACUCGGAAAUAAUUACGAUAUAGUUAAAAGGACUUAAAAGGUGUUGAAACAAAUCCCCUUUAUUUUAUAUUUAUGGUGUGACUUUGCAUAAGUGCUUGUUACCAAGUUAAGAAUUGACAU